GAUAAUAGUAUUGGGAUUUCUUGUCGCAAACAGCCUCGAGGUUACAUAUUGAGAAAAGCACUGUGGAAGAAGAGUCGCAGAAGAGCAGAGAAUUCGGAUCAAGAGACAGAGAAAGGGAAAAAACGGAAGAAGAAAGAAAACAUCAUGGCUUCUUCACAAUCGAAUGGAGGAAAUGGGGUUUACUCUCCUGAACUCCGUCUGAAAAACUUCCAACGCAGCAUCGUCCUCUCCAUCUUCCUUUGGCCCUCCCUCUCCCUUGCCGUAACCUCUCUCUGGGGCGGUCCAGAAUCUUCCGAUAAGCGCGAAUAUAUUGCCGGCACCCUCAUCGAUCUUCUCUCCGAAGAGGAAAACAAGGACGUAGAAGCAGACUGGAUCGAGACAAUUCUGCUACAGUUCAUGUCUGACGAAUUCGAAGUAAAUGUUGACGAUGGAAGCGCCAUGGAAGUUGCCAAUGGUAUUGUUAAAUGUAGAGAGGAAUGUAAGAGGGGUGCUUGGGAGGAGGAAAGCAGUUUGUGCAGGAAGUUGGAGAAGGCAUGGGAAGCGAAGGGUGGAAAGAGUGACAGCUUAGCACAGUUCCAGCAAGGAGAGGACCAAGGAGAAACGGACUCGGAAGCGAGUGGGGAUGAAGAUGAGGAUGGAGAUGUGGAUAUGGAUGAGGCACCACAAUUGGUGAGGGUCAAGGAACCGGUUGUGCCUCAGGUGGAUGAGGAUGGGUUUACUAUGGUUACCAAAAAGAGAAGAUGAGAUGGAAGGGAAAACGAGAAGAAACAUAGAGAGGAGGUGUAGAGGGUGCUGGAGGUGUUGGAGAUCUAAAGAUGUUCUUGACAUGGCGAGACUUGAAUGGUCAAUGGAAAGUCUAAUUGGAAUGAAAGUGGAACAUCCUGGGGUGCUCAUUUCCUCGAGGACUCUGGAGCUGGCGGAUCAUGAUGAAGAUGAAUCUGCGGAGGUAAUAAGAAAUAGUCUUUGGGGGACACACACGAUUCAAACAUGUAGGCAAAUCUAUUUGAUGAAGAUGGAUAGUUCUAUCAAAAUCUAGCAUCAUCAAUUGGGUGUAAGAUUUUCUCAAUCUCAUAGUAGCUAGAAGGAUCUUAAUACCUCAGCACGGAGAUAAAUCACAACGAAAUUCCUCGAAUACGAUAGACGGCUUAUUCAAUAUAUUGAGUCGUUUAAUGACAGCUGCUUGGACGAGGUUCCAUACAGAUCCUAGCCCCAAGAACAUUCAAUGCAAAUACCAAUACAUGAGCCAGACAAUCCAAUGAAAUCCAUCA